AUGGCUAUAGCGCAGUCGCAAGGUGUUCUAUUCGAUCAACUUCCCUUCCAAUGUUUUCAGGAAGCACGAAAAGUCCUUACCGAGGAUAGACAGGAGAAACUCCAACAAAUCCAGACUAUGAGAGACAGAAUAGCGAGGCUACAACAAAGUGAUGGCAAUGCGCUACAUCGAGGUGGUGAACAGUACAAGCAGAAGCGGCUGGAGAGUAUGAGAACAGAGCUCGAACACCUGAAGAUUUUGGCCGAUAUCAAUGAUCCCAAUGUCAAACGGCGGUUCGAGGACGGAAAAGGAGAUAUGAGCAAGCCUAUCUAUCGUUUCUUGGCCGAUCGCAAAUGGAGAGAAUACGUGCGAAAGAUCUUGAUACAGAGAGUAACGCAGAUGAAGGUGGUACCUGAUGUCGUACCUCAUUGCGAUCCUAUAGUCGACAUCAAGAUCAAAUUCGGGCGAACCAACGUACAAUCUGGCGAUUUCGUUGAUUCGGCCAUCAGCGAGAAGCCCUGUCAGCUUACAGUGCAGUCUUUCGAAAAAGAUCCUAAGCUCAUUACGAUUGCCAUCGUCGAUCCUGAUGUACCCAAUCUCGAAACCGACAGCUUCAAUUCAAGAUGCCACUUCCUGGCCUCAAACGUCCAGAUUGAUGCCCUGACACCACAUCUCGAUCUUGCAAAGCUUGCUGAAGAGCAGGUACUUGUACCAUGGCUACCUCCCACAGCCCAGAAGGGGAGUCCAUACCACAGGCUGUCAAUCGUUCUAUUUCAGCAAAAGGACAACAUCUCCGUCGACAAGGCCGUUGCCUUGAGGAACAUUCAACAGACCGAUUUCCGAACCCGGAGCUUCAUGACGCGCCAUAUGCUGACACCUAUUGGAGCCUCACUUUUCCGAACCAAGUGGGACGACAAUAUGGGUGCUGUCAUGCAACGUGCAGGAAUAGACGGCGCCGAAUUGGAGCUGAAGAGAGUCAAGGUUCAGCCAUUGCCUUAUAAGAGGAGAAAUCCAUCUACUUUCAGGUAG